GCCGCUGAUCCCUGUGGGAGGUGCUGACCUUCGGAGCGUCCAGACCAAGCGGGCUGGAUAGGAGCAGCUGGACAGGAGCGGGCUGGACAGGAGCGAGCUGGACAGGUCCCUUCCCUCCGAGCUGCAGCCAUGAGGUGUCAGCGGUGCUGGCCAGCCACGGCCCUGUUCUGCCUCCUCCUCACAGGCGUCCCCCCCGCGCGGGCCCAGCAGGGGCCAGAAGUCGUCGAGGUCAACAAGAGGGACAUCUUGUUUCUGGUGGACGGCACCUCGUCACUGGGCCAGGCCAGCUUCAACGCCAUCCGCGAAUUCCUCGUCAAGGUCAUCCAGACGCUGGAGGUCGGCCAGGACCUCGUCCAGGUGGCCGUGGCCCAGUACGCGGACACGGUCCGGCCCGAGUUCUACUUCAACACUCACCCGGGCCGCAGGGAGGUGGUGGCCGCCCUGCGCAGGAUGAAGCCCAUGGACGGCGCCGCCCGCUACACGGGCUCCGCCCUCGACUUGGUCCGCGACCGCUUCUUCUCCAGCGCUGCCGGCCACCGGGCCUCCGAGGGCGUCCCCAAGCUGCUGGUGCUGAUCACAGGUGGGCGGUCGCUGGAUGAUGUAAGCCGGCCGGCCCAGCGGCUCCAUCGCGCUGGCAUCAUGGCCUUCGCCGUGGGCAGCAAGGCGGCCGACGAGGCUGAGCUGCGGGAGGUGGCCUUCGACAACUCCCUGGUCUUCGUGCCGGCCGAGUUCCGCACGGCCCCCCUGCACACGCUGCUCCCCCGCCUGGUGGCCCUGCUCAGGACCUUCUCGGGGAUCACGGAAGGUGAGGGACUCAAGCGGGACGUUCUGUUCCUGCUGGACGGCUCGGCCAACCUGGUGGGCCAGUUCCCCGCCGUGCGCGACUUCCUCUACAAGAUCGUGCGGAAGCUCAGCGUCGGGCCCAGCCGGGCGAGGGUGGGCGUAGUGCAGUUCAGCGACGAGGUGCACCCCGAGUUCUACCUGAAGACCCACAGGGCGCAGGGGCCCAUGCUGGAGGCCAUCCGCCGCCUGCGCUUCAAGGGCGGCGCCCCCCUCAACACCGGCAAGGCGCUGGAGUUCGUGGCCAGGAACCUCUUCGUCAAGUCGGCCGGGAGCCGCAUCGAGGAGGGCGUCCCCCAGUUCCUGGUGCUCAUCUCCUCGGGGAGGUCCAGCGACGAGGUGGACGAGCCGGCCGCCGAGCUCAAGCGGGCGGGCGUGGCCCCGCUCACCGUGGCCAGGAACGCUGACCGCGAGGAGCUGCUCAAGAUCUCCCUGAGCCCCGAGUACGUGUUCUCCCUGAGCACCUUCCGGGAGCUGCCCACCCUGGAGCAGAAGCUGCUCACGCCCAUCGCCACGCUGACGGCCCAGCAGAUCCAGCACCUGCUGGACGCCUCGACCUACCCGCCCCCAGAGAGCAAGCGGGACGUCCUGUUCCUGCUGGACGGCUCGGCCAACCUGGUGGGCCAGUUCCCCGCCGUGCGCGACUUCCUCUACAAGGUCGUCGAGGAGCUGGACAUGUGUCCGGGCAGCACGCGGGUGGCCGUGGCGCAGUUCAGCGACGACGUGCGGGUGGAGUCGCGCUUCAGCGAGCACCAGAGCAAGGCCGAGCUCCUGGGCCUGGUGAAGCGCCUGAAGAUCAAGACGGGCAAGGCGCUCAACCUGGGCUACGCGCUGGACUUCGCGCUGCGGCAGCUGUUCGUGAGGGCGGCCGGGAGCCGUGUGGAGGAGGGCGUGAUGCAGUUCCUGGUGCUGCUGGUGGCCGGCAGGUCGUCGGACGGCGUGGCCGGGCCGGCCCAGGCCCUGCGCCAGAGCGGCGUGGUCCCCUUCGUCCUCCAGGCCAAGAGCGCCGAGCCGGCCGAGCUGGAGCAGGUCGUGCCCUCCCGCGCCUUCAUCCUGGUCACCGAGUCGCUCCCCAAGAUCGGGGAACUGCAGCCUCAGAUCGUCAACCUGCUGAAGACGGUGCAGAACGGGGCAGUGGCUCCAGGUGUGGGCGGCAAGAGGGACGUGGUCUUCCUCAUCGAUGGCUCCCAGGCCACGGGCCCCGAGUUCCAGCACAUCCGCACCCUCCUCGAGCGGCUGGUGGGCUUCCUGGACGUGGGCUUGGACACGACGCGCGUGUCGGUCGUCCAGUUCAGCGAGGACCCCUGGGUGGAGUUUCUGCUCAACACACACUCCAGCAAGGAGGAGGUGCUGGGCGCCGUGAAGGCGCUGCGGCCCAAGGGCGGCCGGCAGGUGCACCUGGGCACAGCCCUGAAGUACGUGACCAGAAACAUCUUCAGGAGGCCCCUGGGCAGCCGCAUCGAGGAGGGCGUCCCCCAGUUCCUGGUGCUCAUCUCCUCGGGGAGGUCCAGCGACGAGGUGGACGAGCCGGCCGCCGAGCUCAAGCGGGCGGGCGUGGCCGCGCUCACCGUGGCCAGGAACGCUGACCGCGAGGAGCUGCUCAAGAUCUCCCUGAGCCCCGAGUACGUGUUCUCCCUGAGCACUUUCCGGGAGCUGCCCAGCCUGGAGCAGAAGCUGCUCACGCCCAUCACCACGCUGACGGCCCAGCAGAUUCAGCAGCUCUUGGAUGCCUCAACCUACCCGCCCCCAGGUGUGGGCAGCAAGAGGGACGUGGUCUUCCUCAUCGACGGCUCCCAGGCUGCAGGCCCCGAGUUCCAGCACGUCCGCACCUUCCUCGAGAGGCUGGUGGGCUUCCUGGACGUGGGCUUGGACACGACGCGCGUGUCGGUCAUCCAGUUCAGCGAGGACCCCUGGGUGGAGUUUCUGCUCAACACACACUCCAGCAAGGAGGAGGUGCUGGGCGCCGUGAAGGCGCUGCGGCCCAAGGGCGGCCGGCAGGUGCACCUGGGCACAGCCCUGAAGUACGUGACCAGAAACAUCUUCAGGAGGCCCCUGGGCAGCCGCAUCGAGGAGGGCGUCCCCCAGUUCCUGGUGCUCAUCUCCUCGGGGAGGUCCAGCGACGAGGUGGACGAGCCGGCCGCCGAGCUCAAGCGGGCGGGCGUGGCCCCGCUCACCGUGGCCAGGAACGCUGACCGCGAGGAGCUGCUCAAGAUCUCCCUGAGCCCCGAGUACGUGUUCUCCCUGAGCACCUUCCGGGAGCUGCCCAGCCUGGAGCAGAAGCUGCUCACGCCCAUCACCACGCUGACGACCCAGCAGAUCCAGCACCUGCUGGACGCCUCGACCUACCCGCCCCCAGGUGUGGGCAGCAAGAGGGACGUGGUCUUCCUCAUCGACAGCUCCCAGGCCGCGGACCCCGAGUUCCAGCACGUCCGCACCUUCCUUGAGAGGCUGGUGGGCUUCCUGGACGUGGGCUUGAACACGACACGCGUGUCGGUCGUCCAGUUCAGCGAGUACCUGCGAGUGGAGUUUCUGCUCAACACGCACUCCAGCAAGGAGGAGGUGCUGGGCGCUGUGAAGGCGCUGCAGCCCAAGGGCGGCCGGCAGGUGCACCUGGGCACAGCCCUGAAGUACGUGACCAGAAACAUCUUCAGGAGGCCCCUGGGCAGCCGCAUCGAGGAGGGCGUCCCCCAGUUCCUGGUGCUCAUCUCCUCGGGGAGGUCCAGCGACGAGGUGGACGAGCCGGCCGCCGAGCUCAAGCGGGCGGGCGUGGCCCCGCUCACCGUGGCCAGGAACGCUGACCACGAGGAGCUGCUCAAGAUCUCCCUGAGCCCCGAGUACGUGUUCUCCCUGAGCACCUUCCGGGAGCUGCCCAGCCUGGAGCAGAAGCUGCUCACGCCUAUCACCACGCUGACGGCCCAGCAGAUCCAGCACCUGCUGGACGCCUCGACCUACCCGCCCCCAGGUGAGACAGGGCGGGCGCUGGGCGGGGCUGCCCCUUCAGUCACUUCUCCUGAGUCUAAGGUACUUUGACCGGCACAGCCAGUUGGACUUUGACAGGAGAGAGCUGAAAGACAAGGUAUGGAGGACUGUAUGAAACAUGCGGCAAGUUUAUUAUAAUCCAAGCUGCUUUUUAUAGUCUUAUUUUAGUGAUGGUCAACAAGUUUCAAAGGCUGUGUAAACAAUAUUAACAAUAUUGUUUUAAAACAUGAAUUUUUUAAGCAUGUGGGUUUUUAGGUUGGUCUGCCAUUGAAAAAAAGCUUUAGAGAGAAAAAACAUUUUGUGCAUUGUAUUUGAAAUCCUACUAACAUAUAUUCUUACUCGUUCUUUGGCGGUCACCAGAUUUCAAAGAUUGAGUUUCCGUUCUUUUCUGUUUUGAAUCUAAAAUUGGGA